GUCAGACACCGGAAGCGGAAGUCGACGAGACCGGAAGUGGGCGCGGCCUGCACCGGUUGCAGCGGGCAGGUCGCCCCGCGCCGCCGCCAUCAUUGAGGCGGAAGCGGAGCGACGGCGGCGGCGCGUGGAGACCGGAAACGGCGGCGGAGGAGGAACCACAACGGCGGGAAACGCCGCCAUGACUUCCGCGUCCACCAAGGUCGGGGAAAUCUUCUCGGCCGCGGGCGCCGCGUUCUCCCGGCUGGGGGAGCUGACGAUGCAGCUGCACCCCAUGGCUGACAGCCCUGCGGGCGCUCAGCUCCGCGGUGCCGCCCGCCGGAAGGCCUACGAGGAAGGCGGGCUGCCGCUUCCGGCCCCUACCCCGGAUUCACCCAAACGGGCCCAAAGGAGACCCGGGGGGGGGGGCGUCACCGGAACCGCCCCCGAAAAGACCCAAAUCCACUUCCGAGCCCCCCCCCACUGAUCGCCGACCCCCCCGGGGGGGACGUGGUGGAUGUGGAGGGAUUGGGGGAACCCCCCCCCC